AUGAGGCUCAUUCUACUUCUACUCGUCUUAGCUGUGACAACUCAAGCGGGCUUGCUGGACAUCGGUAAAGUGAAAGAUUUCUUUAAAGGAGGAAAAUACGGCGAGAAAAUUAAAAACGCGACACUCUUGAAGUUCAAGAAGUUAUUCGAAAAAACCGGCAUACUUUCCCUUGGCAGCAAGUUGUCCGAGAUGAGAAGCAAGCUGAUGAAGAAGCUCGAACUCUCAAAACUCAAGAAAGUAGAAGUUGACCGCAAGAUUAAGGAAAUCUUGGCCAAACGAGGGAUGAUACAGUAG